AUGCCUUUCUACAAUCCCACCGCAGCAAACGCAAAACUUAACAAGACUCUCAUCGUUCCUAUCGUAUCCACUGCCAACGUCUCUCAGCUCGCUGCCGACCUUCUCAUCGCUUCACUCUCUCUCCAUUCCUUGGGGGCAUUUGAUCCUUCCUUUUUUAUUCCCACAGUAGGUGGAAAGGACGAUGGUGACGAGGGUAUAAGCACUCCAUUCGAAUUAUAUGGCAGGGAUGGUGUAGAUCUGCUUGUCCUCCAGCAACGGUCUCCAACACUCAAAUCACGAAAACAAGAGUUCGUCGACGCUUUGCUCAAUUUCUUCAAGGAAUCCGGAGUCUCGUCUGUUAUUCUUCUCUCCGGCGUUGACCUUUCGAACAGGACUGAUGCACAGAUGAUGACACCAAUCUAUUAUAUCCAACCUCAAAACUCCCCUUCAUUCUCAUUUCACGAUCUAAAGAUACCAAAAUAUUCAUCUCCUGUUCCGCAACGGCCACAGAGCGAGAAUGACGAGCCGAACAUUCCAUUUAUUCCAGGAGGUGGCUUGACGCGUCGGACUCUAGCAUCUUUACCCCGUGAAUGGACAAUUCCAACAGUGGCAUUACUUCACUUUGUCUGGGAAGGUGACAACAGAGCGGAUGCACAUAUGCUAGCUGUCGUAACUGCAAAAGUCGUCGGGAUAGAGUCUAAUAUCGGGGAAUGGAAGCAACCCAGUAGCUGGAAUCAAGGCCUAUUUGGGACGCCGCAUGACCAGACAUUGUAUGGAUGA